CUCUCAUUGGCUCUCUCUUUCCAUUUUUUCCUGAGCCUGUCUCUUUGCUUAGGGUUUUCCUGCUUGCCUUUAGUGAGGAUACAAACGCACAGACGGCAGGAUGUCCAUUGUAAGCAUCAUUGCAAGGGAGAUCCUGGACUCUCGGGGAAACCCCACAGUUGAGGUGGACUUGAGGACUGAAAAAGGAUUGUUCAGGGCUGCUGUGCCCAGUGGCGCAUCUACCGGCAUUUAUGAAGCUCUAGAACUCAGAGAUGGAGAUAAUAGUCGUUUCAAGGGAAAAGGUGUACUCAAAGCUGUUGGCCACAUCAACGACACUCUCGGACCUGCUCUCAUUGAAUCUGGGAUCAGCGUGGUGGAACAGGAGAAACUGGACAACAUGAUGAUUGAGAUGGAUGGCACAGAGAAUAAAUCUAAGUUUGGUGCCAAUGCCAUUCUGGGGGUGUCGCUGGCUAUAUGCAAAGCUGGAGCAGCAGAAAAAGAAACUCCCCUGUAUCGCCAUAUUGCGGACCUGGCUGGAAACACAGAACUAGUGCUGCCAGUUCCUGCCUUUAAUGUGAUAAACGGUGGCUCCCAUGCUGGGAAUAAGCUGGCCAUGCAGGAGUUCAUGGUGCUUCCUGUUGGGGCAGAGUCGUUUCGCGACGCUCUGCGUGUCGGGGCUGAGCUCUAUCAGACUCUGAGGGGCGUGAUCAAGGAGAAGUAUGGACAGGAUGCCACUAAUGUGGGUGAUGAAGGAGGUUUUGCUCCAAAUAUCUUAGAGAACAGUGAAGCUCUUGAAUUGAUUAAGACUGCCAUAGACAAGGCAGGUUUCACUGACAAGGUCGUAAUUGGGAUGGAUGUAGCUGCUUCUGAGUUCUACCGUGAUGGAAAGUACGACCUUGACUUCAAAUCGUCUCCAGAUCCUGAAAGAUACAUCACUAGCGAGAAGCUCCUAGAGAUCUACCAGAGUUUUGUCAAUGACUUUCCAGUGGUAUCUAUUGAAGACCCUUUUGAUCAGGAUGACUGGGCUGCAUGGACUCGCAUGACUGGUUCUGUGGGAAUCCAGAUAGUUGGUGAUGACUUAACAGUGACAAACCCAAAGAGGAUAGAAAAAGCAGCUGAAGAACGUGCGUGCAACUGCCUGCUUCUGAAGGUCAACCAAAUCGGCACAGUCACAGAGGCUAUCCAUGCGUGUAAGCUGGCCCAGGCCAAUGGCUGGGGUGUGAUGGUCAGCCAUCGCUCUGGAGAGACAGAGGACACAUUUAUUGCAGAUUUGGUAGUUGGACUCUGCACUGGACAGAUCAAGACUGGAGCUCCAUGCAGAUCUGAGCGCCUGGCCAAAUACAAUCAGCUGAUGAGGAUUGAGGAGGAGUUGGGUGAUCAAGCCCGAUUUGCUGGCCACAACUUCAGAAAUCCCAGCGCUCUGUGAGAUGUCCUGCAGCUACAAAAACACGUCCACACAAAAACAACCACCAGACAAUAUGCACUGACCUAGACAGAGAUACACCAUUACAGAUAACACACCAGACAGAAAAGACAUCAUGCAAUGUAACAGACACUCAGUGAUUUUUUUUGCACUGAACACCCACUUUCAACUAAUCUUAUCUGUCAGAAGCCCAUGCACUGGACUACAGAGGACAAUAUGCAGAUGACUAUAAAUUGGACUGACCACAAACAUUUGAGCUCAUAGUAUGCAUGGCAGAAUGGACACACUGACUAGACAGCUGAGUAUUAGGUACAGGAUGUGGGACAGACCAUCACUGACAAAAUGACUAGAGACAGUGGAGAGCUCUGGAGUAAAAGGGAACAAAUGAUUUAUUAUUAAGUGUAGAGUAAAAUGUUUAAAUUUCAUUCAAAUUUAAAUUCAUCUUGGUGCAACAAUUUCACGGAUAUUGGUUUUAAGAAACAGUUUUCUUUAUAACUUGGGUAGGCUGACUGACCUUUGUCUAAGGUAAGAUUUUCAAUUGAAAAUGCAGCAAUUAUUGAAUUAACACAUAUGAAGAAACUGUAGGUGCAUGUAAAGAAAGAAAUCAAGAAAGACAAGAGCAUGAAUUAAAAAAAAAGCAGACUGCACUCUCUCAAAAAGAUGGAUCAUGAAGCUUAAACAUGCACACACACACACCACCACACACACACACCA